AAAAUCCAUGCUGCUCCUACCCAUGUCAGAACCAAGGAAUCUGCCUCACGGGGAAGGAACCCGGGUCCUACACAUGCGACUGCACACAUCUGGAGUUUUAUGGGAGACAUUGCGAAACCCCAACUUUGAUGAAGAGACUAAAGCGUCUUUUGAAACCUUCAUCUGAAACUGUUCACAACUUGUUGGUUAAUCCAUCACUGAAGUGGAUCUGGGACUUUGUCAAUUCAGUAGAGUGGCUUCACAACCACUUCAUGAAAAGGAUUUAUUUAUUGAGGUCAAAUGUCGUCGACAGCCCACCCCUCUACGAGACAGUUCACUCAUAUCCAACCAUUGCUGCUCACACCAACAGUACAGUCUAUGCCAGAACUUUACCUCCAGUUCCGCGGGACUGCCCUACACCCAUGGGGGUUAAAGGAAAGAAAGAACUUCCGGAUGUGGAGAAACUUAUAUCAACAUUCUUCAUUCGCACAAAAUUUCGUCCAGAGCCAAUGGGUAGCAGUGUUUUGAUGACUUUCUUCGCUCAACAUUUCACGCACAUGUUUUUCAAAACUGACUUCAAGAAGGGACCUGGUUUUUCCUGGAGUGGCCACGGGGUUGAUGUUACAUCCAUUUAUGGCCGCUCUGUUGGAGAUGAACUAAUGUUGAGAAGUCUUCAAGAUGGAAAGUUAAAAAUGCAGGAAAUUAAUGGAGAAGAUUACCCCAUGUUUCUUAAAGAUGUUCCGAUUCGUAUGACCUACCCACCAAAUGUUCCUGAAGAUCGCCAGUUUGCACUGGGUCAUCCAUUUUUUGGGCUUCUACCUGGCCUGUUCUUGUAUCAGACAAUUUGGAUGCGAGAGCACAACAGAGUCUGUGACAUUCUGAAGGAAGAGCAUCCGGACUGGGACGAUGAAAGAUUGUUUCAGACAGCCAAGUUAAUUAUCCUGGGAGAAACCAUAAAAAUUGUGAUUGAGGACUAUGUGGAGCACCUGGCUAACUACAACAUCCGGAUCAAAUUCAAGCCGACCGUUUUGUUCGGAGAAAGUUUUCAGUAUCAGAAUAAGAUUAACAUUGAGUUCAACCACCUGUACCACUGGCAUCCGUUGAUGCCGGAUGAGUUUAACAUUAAUGGCACCAUCUACCCAAUGAAGGAUUAUAUGUUUCAUUCGGAGCUCGUCGUGAAGUAUGGUACUUCAGUUUUCACAGAGUCCUUGUCUAGACAACGAGCUGGCCAUAUGUCUCAUCAUAAUCACGGCCCAUCAACGAUUCAUGUUCUGAAGGACACCAUUCUUCAAGGCAGAUUACUCCGCUUCCAGCCUUUCAACAAUUACAGGAAGCGAUUCAACCUGGAGCCGUACACAUCUUUUGAGGAUCUCACAGGAGAAAAAGAGAUGGCUGCCACACUAAGGGAAAUGUACGGAGAUAUUGAUGCAGUGGAAUUCUAUGUUGGGAUUCUUAUGGAGAAACGACGAGCAAACAAUCUGUUUGGAUCCACAAUUGUUGAAGUAGGAGGCCCAUUUUCUGUGAAAGGACUGAUGGCCAACCCAAUCUGUUCCAAACAGUAUUGGAAACCUUCAACUUUUGGGGGCCAAGUUGGUUUUGAUAUUGUCAGGACUUCAACGAUAGAGAAGUUAUUCUGUCAAAAUAUAAAAGGUCCCUGUCCGUUAGUGUCUUUCAGAGUUCCUGAAUUUUACGAUGGUGAUAUUGAUGAAAAUAGCACGUAUGAAUUUAAGAGACCGAAAGAUGAAUUAUAG